AUGCGUUUCCGUUUAUUGGAAAACGGAUUCUUGCAUUUCCUUUCUCUGCCCUCUCCAGUUGACCUUUUUUUCUUCUCACGAAUAGGAUCAUGCUCUACGUUGUCUGUAUACGUGAUAGAUGUCUUUGUGGGUCUUUCCUCUGAGGGCAUCCGGCAAGAACAACAGUUUCGCUUUCUUUGUUCAUUGGCUCACGCCGAUGAAUUCUACAUUCAUUCUUUUCUUUCAUUUCUUUUACACGUGACGUUCUUUCUUUCUUUCUUUCUUUCUUUCUUUCUUUCUUUCUUUCUUUCUUUCUUUCUUUCUUUCUUUUCGUUCUCCUCUUCUAUUCAUUAUAUGUUUAUAUAUUUUUCUCCUUUUAUCUUCCCCCUUCAUUUCUUUGUUUCUCCUUUGCAUUUUAACUUUCACAUUUUUUUUGAUUCUAUUUUUCAUUUUAAACAUUUGUUUUAUUCUGUCCACUUCAUUUUUUAA